ACCCACUGGGACACACGGGACACACCGGGACCCACACCGGGACCCCCCAGGAUGCUCCGGGCCAUGAGCGCCGCGGAGCCGCCGGGCCGCGGGAUGCUGUUCGCCGAGACCCAGCUGAGGCGGCACGGCUGGCGCCGAGGGCAGGGGCUGGGCAGGCGGGAGGACGGCAUUGCCGAGGCCAUCCGGGUGAAGGUGAAAUGCGACACGGCCGGGGUGGGACACGACGCGGCGGAGCCCUUCACCUUCCACUGGUGGGACCACGUCUUCAACAAGGCGGCUGCCAACAUCGCUGUGGAGGCCGGGCAGGAUGGCAUCUCUGUGAAGGCACUUUCUGAGCAGGGAGGCAGCAUCAGCAAUAAGAAGCCACGCAAGGCCGGCAGCAGUGGGAACCUGCUGUACGGCCGCUUUGUGAAGUCAGCCACGCUCACAGCCUGUGGGGAGGAGUCUGUGACAGCCAGCUCUGAGAGCAGUCAGGAGGAGGAGGAGGAGGAGGAGAAGCUGGACCUCUCUUCCAUCAGGAGGCUGACGGACGAGGAGCUGGUGCAGGCGUGCGGGGGCCGCACAGCACACAAGGGUGCCCGGCACGGCCUGACCAUGAGUGCCAAGCUGGCACGCCUGGAGGAGCAGGAACGAGCCUUCCUGGCCACGUACCGGCAACGGGAGCAGCAGCUGGAGCCCCCAGUGAGCAGCCAGGGCAAAAAGAAGAAAAGGAAACAGUCCAGGGAUGGAGCCGAGGUGCCACAGAGCCAGGAACCAAACACAGAACAGGAGGAGGUGUUGGAAGAAGAAAAGGUUGUGAAGAGGAAGAAAAAGAAGCAGAGGUCAAGCAGAGAAGAGGAGGUGACAGGCGAGGAAGAGAUCAUGAGGAAGAAGAAGAAGAAGGUGAUCACAGAACCAUGUGGAGAAGAGGUAUCAGGAGAUGAGGGGAAUUUCAUGAAGAGGAGGAAGAAGGCAGAGCUAUGCGCAGAAGAGGAGGUGGUGGAAGAGGAUGGGAAGGCUGCAAAGAGGAAAAAGAAGAAAAAGAAGAAGAAGCAGGAAGAGGAGGACAAAGAAGAGCCAGCUGAAACAGAUGUAUCUCUACAAGAUACAGAUGAGCCAAACUUGGGUCACAGCCCUACAAAGAAGAAGAAGAAGAAGAAGAGGAAGAGGGAGGCAGAGUGAGCAAGUGACAUGGCUGCCAUGCUGUGCAGCUGCCAGUCCCACCUGGCUGUCAGGGUCCUGAUCCCGGUGCUGCUGGGUGCCGUGGGCUGCUCUGAGAUCGUUCCAGAUGGAGCCCAGCACUGUGGCCCAGCUGCCUGGGGAUGCUGAGCUAGGAAAAGUUGGUCUGGAGCUGGAUCAAGCUUUACUUCACCACCUGAACCUUCAGGAAUGACCCUGGUUCCCCCCCAGGCCCUGGGGCAGGGACCCAUUUGCCAUGGGCCUGUCACAGAAGGACACAAGGACACGCCCUGCAGAGUACUAAAGUAUUUUUUCAAGGGCAUGAAUAAAUCUUUAUUGUGAUCAGAUUAUCCCAAAGUGUGAGUGGUGCCGUGAGUGGCAGACCCCAGAUCACCUUUACACCUGUAGCACUUCCACUGGGCAGCAGCCCCAAAGAGGGCAGCCCCUCACCACUCCCACCUCCUGGGCCUUUCCAUGCUGCAGGCUCACACCGAGCCCAGUGAGGUGCUGAGCACCCUCCUAGCAGAGGUUUGGGCAGAAUUUGGCCCUGGUGUGCAGUGCUGAAGCCAGGCCUGGCCCCCCAGCCCCUCUGGCGCAGCUCUAGGUGAGCUGCAGGACGCAGUCUGUGCCGGGGUACUCCGGCAGGUUCAGGCUGUAUUUCUCCUGGAGCGCAGGGGGCACAAACCUGCCCCCAAGGAAGUGGUACCGGCCCGUGAAAUGCAUCGCUGCCUUCUUGGGCGCCGUCAGGGAGAUGAGCAUGUCGGGCUGGAGGCCGUCUGCCUUCCCCUUCUCCACGUCCCAGCCUGCAACGAGCCACGGCCAGGCUGGAGCUGGGAGCACCCUGGCCUGGCACCUUCCUGUGGUGGGUGCAGCCACAACUCACCUGAGGGGAUGUCGAUGCUGGCGAUGGGCACCGUGACACGCUCCAGAGUGCUGAGGAUGCUGCCAAAGGGCUCCCGCACCGCUCCCGUGAAGCUGAAGCCGAAAAUGGCAUCCACCACCAGGCCGUAGAGCUCGUCAAUAAACUCAGCC